UAUAUCUGCUCUCUGAACUCUACACAUUAAAUUUCAUUUAAGAGGAUUUUUUAUAAAGAAUUUUUUAGAAGCACAUUGGUGAGGUCAAACACUGAUGUUGGGAAAGAAGGCUUGGCUCACACUCGUCUCCAAUUUAUGACUGGUUUUCUAUUAGGUGAAGUUCUUUGACACCAAACAUGCUCAGUCACGUCUUUAUAAGUCCUAAACAUUGCUUCAGUAAUGCACUUAGACUAGGCUGGAGCACUGAGUGAGCCAUUUUAUUGGGAAUUACCACAGAAUACAGCUACACUGACCUAGUGACCUGUAGAGUGUUUUUUACAAACUGCUGUCUGUGUGGUGACAGUAUUGGACAAAUAAUCUGUGAAAAAAAUCACACUGCUCAUCCAGAAACAACCAAUCAGAGUCAGGAGGUCUUAGCACUGUCUAUCACAUCAGUGUACAUGCCGCUCAGUGUGCUAAUGGUGGAGCAACAACUUAUUGCAAAAAAACUAUCUGCUGUCAUUUGUGGCCAUGCUAAUUAGCCUGAGCAUUCAUGACAGGCGCCACUGUGGGGAGGGAGCUGUAGCGUAGCAGAGAGAAAGGAGGAUGUGGUGAGCAGCGUGUACACCAGCAUGAUUGACAGUGCUAAGACCCUCCUCCUAGCUCUGAUUGGGGUUGUUUGAAUGUGGUGUAUUUCUGCAGAUGGCAAUAGAACCACAGGGAGGAGGCAGGGGAGCUUUAUUUUUUCACAGACUGUCUAAUAUACUGUCAUCUAAAUCCACAUGAGAACGACUUUGUAAAGGCUUUGGAAUGGAACAGCAAAAUUCCAAAACUAAAUUGAACAGACAGUCUGUGGGCUAACCUGGAGAAAGCUGUAGACAAGAAGUGAGAACAGAUUUUUCUAGACAAUAGUGGGCAGAUACUAACAAGUCAAGAUGAUGAAAGACUUUUAACAGUGAAGACUGAAUUCUGAUAAGGAAUCACAAGGUAUUCAUUCAAGAGUGUGAACAAAUGAUUAAACUGACUUACAUGUGAUUUUCCCAGAUUAAUGGCCUUCAUUCACUGUAUUCAAACAGGAAGGGAUGAGGAGGGUUUCAUCCAGAAAGGCUCCAGAUCAAAUUAGUGACGGCAGGGUCAAGGACCAAAGCCUGUGGAUACUGAGUGCCUGAGCUGCUGCUGCUCUAAGUAACCUAACCUGCUGAUAUUCAAGAUCCAGAGUAAUGGAGAAACUUGUUGAAUCUUUGUUGUUUUAGUCAUGUUAUAGUUCCCCUGGAGCCUAAGGAAGCCUGAAAGCUUUGGACAAAGCUGUAUAUUGACACCUUAGUCAGCGCUAUUUCCAGUUUAGUGUCCUGAUAAAAGUGUGGCAGGAUGAAACUGACCUCGGGGCGUUGUAGGCCUGUGUGGAGGAUCAAUAGCUUCAAACUGGAGACCUAGUUAGCAGCAACAUUGAAACAGAGUCGGCCACAGAGCACAGCGGGGUUUUAGCAGUCUUCAAGGGACAGCCAAUGAGUCCUGAUGUUGCUGCAGAUGGAUCAUCUUUUUUGUAAGAUCUUUAUAAUCAAAUACACAAAGCAAGGUCUCUAGAAGACUGGUAAGUACAGCUUUUCCUUUGAUAUUUAAAACAUUAACAUAAAAGUCUUACAAUACACGUUAUCUUCUUUAUUCACUCACAGCUACUAAUAAUGUGAGAGAAAAUGGGGGACUGGAACUUGUUGGGGAGCAUCUUAGAAGAGGUCCACGUUCAUUCGACCAUUGUGGGGAAAAUCUGGCUCACCAUCCUCUUUAUCUUCCGGAUGCUUGUACUUGGUGUUGCAGCAGAGGAUGUUUGGGACGAUGAGCAAAGCGAGUUUGUCUGCAACACAGAGCAGCCAGGCUGCAAGACUGUCUGCUACGACCAGGCUUUCCCUAUCUCCCUCAUACGCUACUGGGUCCUGCAGAUCAUCUUUGUGUCCUCUCCCUCACUGGUCUACAUGGGCCAUGCUCUGUAUCGCCUGAGAACCCUUGAAAAAGAGAGGCACAGAAAGAAGGCCUGCCUGAAGGCAGAGCUGGAGGGGGCAGAUGCUGACCAGGAGGACCACAAGAGAAUCGAGCGGGAGCUCAGGAAGUUAGACGAACAGAAGAAAGUCAGGAAAGCUCCGCUCAGAGGAUCAUUGCUGCGCACGUAUGUUUUUCAUAUCCUGACCAGGUCUGUGGUGGAGGUGGGUUUCAUCAUUGGUCAGUGUGCUCUUUUUGGCAUUGGACUAUCUCCUCUGUACAAGUGUGAGAGACUGCCAUGCCCCAACAGUGUUGACUGUUUUGUGUCGAGGCCUACAGAGAAAAAUAUUUUCAUGGUGUUCAUGCUUGUCAUUGCCGGAGUGUCUUUGUUUCUCAACCUUCUGGAGAUUUUCCAUCUGGGUGUGAAGAAGAUCAAGCAAAUCCUUUAUGGAUACAAAUAUGGAGAUGAUGACAGUGUCUGCAGGUCAAAGAAAAAUUCUAUAGUGCAGCAGAUUUGUGUUCUCACUAACUCCUCACCACAAAGGCUGAUCCAGCUAACUCAAGUUGCCAGUCCUGUUACAUCAGAUCCUUACAAGGAUGCUCAAAGAGAUGUGCUGCCUUGUAACUUGGUUGCAGCAGGUUGCCAGAAUACAGAAGGCAUGAACAUCUCACAGCAGCGUCCUGCACAGACGUUCCGGCCGAGCCAAGGUGACAUCCAGCUUUUGAGACAACUGGGGGCUGUGGAGCGGCGACACACUCUGGAGAACAGAAAACCGUCCUUCAGCAGCGAUGAGUCAAACGGACCUCAUUGCUUGGGCAAGCCUCACUAUGCAGGACCGCGAGCAACGCUGGUGGCCAGCCACAUUGAGAUCCCAGCUGCCCUGAGGAUCCCUCAGAGGAAGCAGAGUAAAGUCAGUGUCUGCAAGGAACUCAGUGACAUGAGUGAUUCUCCAGAGAGCGACCACUAUCCCACAGCCAGGAAGUGCAGCUUUAUGUCCCGAGGACUGUCAGAGGCCAAGCUUGCCAGUCCGUCUGACAGCGACGCCUCUCAGAGUGGAACAGAUACCGAGGCCCAGCACUUCAACCAGGGGGAAAGCCCAGUGAUGACCCCACCGCCCCCUGCCUCUGGGAGGAGGAUGUCCAUGAGCAUGAUUCUGGAGUUGUCUUCAAUCAUGAAGAAGUGAACCAGAAACAUCCAUGUUGGCGUGAGGCCAGAGGCACUGAGGACUUCUGUAGACAUAAGCACUCACAUCAUGUUUCACCUCAUUUCUAGUUUCAGUGUAACUUUCACCAUCUGAUGGUGUUCACUCAUACACUUAGAGUUUCUGUGUUUAGGUUUGUGGAUCCAAUCACUGAUUCAUUUGUGUCAAUUCAUGCAUGGCUGGACAUAAAGUGAGUCUCAACAUCUUACAUAGCAAAGAUGUUGGAUUACAGGAUGUAACUUAGGACAGUGGGCAAUGACAGAGAAAUAC